AUGGUACUGGAUGUGUGUGUGUGUACUUCCUGUUCUGCCCCCAGACUCCCCCAACUGACGGCGGCCAUCGAGCUGGUGACGGAGAUCUCCCGGCAGCUCACGGAGGGGAAGAACCAGGCGGUGGCCGGGAUCAGCAGUACCUUCGACGACCUGGAGAGGGCGCUACAGCAGCGCAAGAACGCCCUGAUCACUGACCUGGAGAACAUCUGCAGCUCCAAGCAGAAGGUGCUGCAGGCCCAGCUGACCUCCCUCCUGCAGGGGGCAGAGCACAUCCAGAGCAGCUGUGGCUUCACAGAGCAGGCCCUCAGCCACGGGAGCUCCACGGAGGUGCUGCUGGUGCAGAAGCAGAUGAGCGAGCGUGUUACGGCGCUGGCGAGACACGACUUCCCAGAGAAACCGCAUCAGAACGCACACCUGGACUGUCAGGUGGAGACGGACGGGCUGCGCCGCUCCAUCCAGAACCUGGGGGUCCUGAUCACCACGGCGGCUGUGGCCCACACCUCGGUGGCCACCGGGGAGGGCCUGCGCCACGCCACCACGGGGGUGCCACAGAGCGUUACCGUGACGACCAAGGACAAGGACGGGGAGCUGGUGCGGACGGGCAACGCCCUCCUGCGGGCGGAGAUCACCUCGGCGGGCGACGGCGUUGCCGCGGCCGACGCCGAGGUCACGGACAACAAGAACGGCACGUACGAGGUGGGCUACGUCCUGCGUGCCGAGGGGGACUUCCUGUUCAGCCUGGCGCUCUACGGCCAGCCCCUCCGCGGCAGCCCCUUCCGCCUGCGGGCCCUCAAGCCCUCCGACGUGCCGCAGUCCCCCGACGACGUGAAGCGCCGCGUCAAGUCCCCCAGCGGCACCGGGGGCCACGUGCGGCAGAAGGCGGUGCGCCGGCCCUCCAGCAUGUACAGCACCACCAAGAAGAAGGAGAACCCCAUCGAGGACGAGCUCAUCUACAGAGUAGGUUCAAGAGGCAGAGAGAAGGGCGAGUUCACCAACCUCCAGGGCAUCUCAGCCUCCAGCAACGGCAGGGUGGUCGUGGCAGACAGCAACAACCAGUGCAUACAGGUGUUCUCCAACGACGGGCAGUUCAAGAUGCGGUUUGGGGUGCGGGGGCGUUCCCCGGGGCAGCUCCAGAGGCCUACUGGUGUGAGCGUGGACCUGAACGGGGACAUCGUGGUGGCGGACUAUGACAACCGCUGGGUCAGCAUCUUCUCAUCGGACGGCAAGUUCAAGAACAAAAUCGGGGCGGGGCGUCUCAUGGGGCCGAAGGGCGUGGCCGUGGACAGGAACGGACACAUCAUCGCCGUGGACAACAAGGCCUGCUGCGUCUUCAUCUUCCAGUCCAACGGGAAGCUGGUCAACAAGUUCGGAGCGCGGGGGACGUCCGAGAGGCAGUUUGCAGAAAAACUUGGCCCAAUUGUAAAUAAGUCAGUCCCAGUUUUCAGUCCGCACUUUGUGGCUGUGAACAACAAGAACGAAAUCAUCGUGACCGACUUCCACAAUCACUCUGUGAAGGUGUACAACGCGGACGGAGAGUUCCUCUUCCGGUUCGGCUCCCACGGGGAAGGGAACGGCCAGUUCAACGCGCCCACCGGCGUGGCCGUGGACGCCAAUGGAAACAUCAUUGUGGCCGACUGGGGGAACAGCAGAAUACAGGUCUUUGACAGCACAGGCUCUUUCCUGUCCUACAUCAACACGUCUGCGGACCCCCUGUACGGGCCACAGGGCCUGGCGCUCACCUCGGACGGGAACGUGGCCGUGGCCGACUCCGGCAACCACUGCUUCAAGGUCUACCGCUACCUGCAGUGAGGCUGAGCGGAGCGGAGGACAGUGCACGUCAGCGGAGGACAGUGCACGUGAGCGGAACUUUCCCGUGCACGUGAGUGGAAGUCUCUCGUGCACGUCGGCGGAGGACAGUGCACGUGAGCCAAACUCUCUCGUGCACGUCAACAGAACUCUCUCUCGUGCACGGGAGCGGAACUUUCUCGUGCACGUGAACAGAACUCUCGUUGCACGUGAGCGGAGGACAAUGCACGUGAGCCGAACUCUCUCGUGCACGCGAACGGAACUCUCUCGUGUACGGGAGCGGAACUCUGUCGUGCACGUGAACCGAACUCUCUCGUUGCACGUGAGCGGAGGACAGUGCACGUGAGCCGAACUCUCUCGUGCACGCGAGCGGAACUCUCUUGUGCACGUGAGUGGACAGUAAACGUGAUGGGAAUUCUCUCGUGCACGUGAACAGAACGCUCUCGUGCACGCGAACAGAACGCUCUCGUGCACGUGACGUGAGCGGAACUCUAUCGUGCACGUGACGUUCCAUGGCUAGAUCUCCCAAAUCCCGCCUCUGCACCAAUAUCGCUUAGGAGAACCCCCUACAAGGUUGCGCUGAGAUUCCUCUUGACUUUUCUUCAACUGCCGUUCUAUUUAGCGUAUUCUAUCUUCAAUCUACAAAAAAUUGUUCUGAAGUUGUAAACUUUUAAGUCACACACUAUCGAUAACUUUACAAAGCGGCGGGGAGUUGCGCUUGGAACGCCGUGCAUUCUGGGUAAUGCUUUCGAUAAUCUUAAAGGCUAUUGCUUGGCUGGAGGACAGACAUAUCAGUCUCCUGAUUAUGCGUUACUGGCGAUAAUAUAUUUUACCACAGCAACCUGCAAUACAGUGUGCUACCUUUACUGGUCAUAACUGUUCAGAACGGCCUGAAGAGAUGAACCCAUACUGGCCAAGGUUUAAUAUCAAGCUAACAUAGCCGUAGCCAUGAAUAUCCCGAGUGUAAAGAACUGAUGUAUCAAAUAAGGACAUGAAUCAUAUGCCUUCAUGUGCUAAGUGCAUCCUUGGUUACCAAUCAAACUUUGGUGUUUAAAAUGAACUUUUAACGAUCGCCUUUCCUAUAUGGCCCAGAUUCCCGGAGUACACAAAAUCCAGAUUUCCCUUUUCUACGCUGUUUCUGAAUCCUUUCCAUUCAUUCCAAUGAGACGCAGGCAAAGAUUACAACAAGGAUUCAUCCUCUAUCAGGCUCUUUUAUGACUUUAACCAAAGCCCCAUCCCCCCACCCCCAAACCUUAUCAACAUAGUAUAACAUCCUACAUUAUUGUUGUAUUGUAUAGCUCUAGUUCCACACACCGAAUCGUAAGAAUCUAAACCAGACAAUCUAGACAAUCGGAUUGCCCGUACACAUAUUAUAUAUAAUUAGAUAUAUUUAAUUGUUGUCAGUUUACUUCUGAAGAUAAAAUAGGUUGUCUUUUUUGUCCUUCAUCUCUGAACAUCUCCACUCCCAUUGUUGUCUGCGGAAAAGUGCCAGGCCUCAAUGUAAAUAGAUGAGGAGUCAUUCACAUCCCCCUGGUCUGUGGCGUGGUCCUUUCUAGAACCUCAGGGUUGGUAUACAUAGGCCUACUCAAUAUAUAUAUAUGUGUGUAUAUAUAUAUAUAGGGCCAAGGUUAGUUCCCUAUAUAACGGAUAUAUAACACACUGUAGUAUAUCAAUACAUUCAGCGGUAGUAAAGUAGGAAACAUCAAGAAACACAUUAUAAAUGUGUCAUUGCGCUGUAUGAUUUUCCAAAGGAAUUGUAUUUAUUUUUUUGAUUUUCUUUUCUACAUGAUUUCCUCGAAAUGUAUUUUUCUAACGGGUGCAUUUUGACCUCGCAUUCUCUCCUCUUUGCCAACCAACUGUUGACGGUCCCUGGGGAACGACAGCACCACCUAGUGUUGGGGAUCCUUUCAACGUGCUCACAUUAGACAAACAGUCACUUACCGCUGCCAAAAUGUGUUGUUGUACGUCGUUGUCGAACGUUGCACAAAGAUAAUGAGAAAAAAGGUCAUAUAGUUUACAAGAGUAAUAUAUGGAUUUGUGUGUAUUUAUCAUCACACUUCUUUUGACUGUAACGUAUUGUGUGUCGCAAAACGUGCGGUCCUAAUUGCAGACAGGCACUUUGGGACACAACCGUGCGCUGUGUGUUUACUUCGUGUUCGUUUGGUCUUUCGCUUUAUACUCACAUCUAACUCCGCGGUUGCCUCACUUUUUGCUUACAUCCUGCGUUUUUAGGGGCUUUUCAUUCAGCCGUGACAAACUCAACGUGCAUCUGCUUCCCUAAAGACGCGUUCACACCAAAAAAGGGGCGGGGAAAAGCCAUAAAAAGUUAAACGCGUCUUUGCAAAUACAUCAAACACGUUCACAGAGGCAAACUUUUCACCCGUAAAUGUGCGGAUUGAUGCAAGGUGCAGCUCAAACACCCAGGUUCACACUGAUUUCGCGUGAUUCUACUCGCGAGAACCCUUCGCUCGAGUGGAGAUAUUUAAACUUUUCCGCGUAUUUCGCCUGAUGUUGGGGUCCAGAGUGAACCGCAGCAUGGAGGAGAAAGUUAUUGUUGCCGUUUGCGACUCCCGUUGCUCUAUAUCUAUGUGAUAUUAUAUAAUAUCACGGUCAAAAGCGGAUGAUAUUAUGAAUCUUAAACGACUGCGUCAGGUUCUCCGACGUCUCUUUUACUUCCAGAACGUUAAGGCUCAUAGUGGUUUAUUAUCUUGGCCAUGGUUGUGAUUUAAUUGCCGAAAUAAAAGGUAAUCGGUCAUAAGAGGAAGUCCCUCCUAUUACACUAAGGCAAGUAAAUCCAACUCAUGCAAAUCACUCGAGGGAGUAACAUUUUUCUACUCGCGCGAGCAAACUCAGACUUCGUUUUUGGUGUGAACGCACGAUAAGGGAUUAUGGUGCGUUCCAGAGCCCAUACAAACCUGUGGGACGUGGGACUUAUCCUACCUCCAACUAAGAAAAGUGCACUGGAAUGCCUGUCGAAGUGGAACAUCCCACUAGCGAACUGGGGGGUGAUCGACCUAUCACCAAGUAGGAGCUAGUACAGUUCAGGUAGGAUAAGUCCCACAUCCCAUUGCUUUGGAUGGGCUCUGGAACGCACCAAUAGUCCUGGUUUGCUUGUGGCUAUGAACCGGUAAACAGGACCUUAAAGAUGGGGUAACACUGCUGUAGCUGUGCAGGCUAGAGCACUAUGAUAUAGACUGCUAAGUUAAUCACAUGCACCUGUUUACAUUAAAGUUCUGAUUGCAGAAACUGGUUGCCAUCUAGUUUCUACAACCUUUGUAAAAUCUAGUCAAGCUAAUCUAUUUCUUUGUUUAAUUAAUAAAUAAUCUUGAGUUUUUUCGUUUUGCAGUUCUAUAUCAACGGUUUGCCCAUGUAUUUUCUUUUUUUCCAUCAGUCCAUAUCUUUAAUCAUCACUGAUUUACCGACACAGAUAAAAGGUAUCAUCAUGGAAAUAGUAUUUACUUACAUGACUCACAAUUACAUGAAAUACUCAAUAUGUCUACUUACUGCAAGGAUAUUAUUGUAAAUAUUAAAGAAUUACACUAUGAA